ACAAACAGAAAGAUAUAAAAAUCUCUCUCCGACUCGUGGGUUUCCUCCUUUUCCCACCCCCUUCCCGGGAACGCCAGACAAAGAUCCAGGCUGAUUGGAGGCAUUAGGGGGUCAGUUUGAAUCCCAGUGAUCGAGAAGGAAAAGUGGGUAAUAACCAGCUAAUGGUGGAGAAAAAGUGAACUCAGGGAGAUGUGAGAACUGUUCGUUUCACCAGGGACAUUUCCUCAAAGCUAGUUUAUUUGAAAAGCCUCAGGUUUUCCAGUAGUUGCAGGACCUAGUCUGGGGCUGAUGAGUUUCGCCUCUGAUUCUUUCUCUUGCUCCCUGAGAGCUGGCAAAGGGAAGCUCCUGGACUUGAAGGGACAUGGAUCUUGGUUGAAGUCUCUACAGGAAAACUACGAGGGUAGCAAUCUUCUCAGUAUCACCGCUGCUGCUCCACUGAGGUCUGGGCUCCUCUCCUUCCAACACCACACAUCCUAAGUGAGAAAGGCAGAAUCUCUCCAGAUGUCUUCCAGUAAUGACCAAGUUUCUAUCCCAAUGUCACAAAGAAACAUCAAUGGUCUCCCCAAGAAGACCUCCAAGGAUGUGAAGGUGUUUACUGAAGGAGCUGUGUUAUCUUUUCAUAACAUCUGCUAUCGAGUAAAAGUGAAGAGUGGCUUUCUACUUGGUCGAAAAACAGUUGAGAAAAAUAUACUAACUAAUGUCAAUGGGAUCAUGAGACCUGGCCUCAACGCCAUUCUGGGACCCACAGGUGGAGGCAAAUCUUCAUUGUUAGAUGUCUUAGCUGCAAGGAAAGAUCCACAUGGACUGUCUGGAGAUGUCUUGAUAAAUGGAGCAGUUCGACCUGCCAAUUUCAAAUGUAAUUCAGGUUAUGUGGUACAAGAUGAUGUCGUGAUGGGGACUCUGACGGUGAGAGAAAAUUUACAGUUCUCAGCAGCUCUUCGGCUUCCAACAACUAUGACGAAUCAUGAAAAAAAUGAACGGAUUAACAAGAUCAUUCAAGAGUUAGGUCUGGAAAAAGUGGCAGAUUCCAAGGUUGGAACUCAGUUUAUCCGUGGUGUGUCUGGAGGAGAAAGGAAAAGGACUAGUAUUGGAAUGGAGCUUAUUACUGAUCCCUCCGUCUUGUUCCUGGACGAGCCCACAACUGGCUUAGACUCCAGCACAGCGAAUGCUGUCCUUUUGCUCCUGAAGAGGAUGUCUAAACAGGGACGAACGAUCAUCUUCUCCAUUCAUCAGCCUCGUUAUUCCAUCUUCAAGUUAUUUGAUAGCCUCACCUUAUUGGCCUCAGGAAGACUGAUGUUCCAUGGGCCUGCUCAGGAGGCCUUGGAGUACUUUGCAUCAGCUGGUUACCAGUGUGAGCCCUAUAAUAACCCUGCAGACUUCUUCCUGGAUGUCAUUAAUGGAGACUCCUCUGCUGUGAGAUUAAACAGAGAGGACCAAGAUGAUAAAGCCAACGAGACUGAAGAGCCUUCCCAGGGAGAGAUGUCUCUCAUAGAAAAGUUAGCUGAGUUUUAUGGCAACUCUACCUUCUGCAGAGAAAUGAAAGUUGAGUUAGAUCAACUCUCAGGGGGUCAGAAAAGCAAGAAGGGCGCAGCCUUCAAGGAGAUCACCUACACCACCUCCUUCUUUCAUCAGCUCAAAUGGAUUUCCAAGCGUUCAUUCAAAAACUUACUGGGCAAUCCCCAGGCCUCUAUAGCUCAGAUAAUUGUAACAAUCAUCCUGGGACUGGUUAUAGGUGCCAUUUUCUUUGAUCUAAAAUUGGAUUCUACAGGAAUCCAGAAUAGAGCUGGGGUGCUCUUCUUCCUUACAACCAACCAGUGUUUCACCAGUGUGUCCGUCGUGGAGCUCUUCGUGAUCGAGAAGAAGCUCUUCAUACAUGAAUAUAUCAGUGGAUACUACAGAGUGUCAUCUUAUUUCUUUGGAAAACUGUUAUCUGAUUUAUUACCCAUGAGGAUGAUACCAAGUAUUUUAUUUACUUGUAUAAUAUACUUCAUGUUAGGAUUGAAACCAAAGGUGGAGGCCUUCUUCAUCAUGAUGUUUUCCCUUAUGAUGGUGGCUUAUUCAGCCAGUUCUAUGGGACUGGCCGUAGCAACAGGUCAGAGUGUGGUCUCCAUCGCAACACUUCUCAUGACCAUCUGUUUUGUGUUUAUGAUGAUAUUUUCAGGGCUGUUGGUAAAUCUCAGAACCAUUGCGUCUUGGCUCUCAUGGCUUCAGUACUUCAGCAUUCCCCGAUAUGGCUAUACGGCUUUGCAGUAUAACGAGUUUUUGGGACUAAACUUCUGCCCAGGACUCAAUACAACAGCAAACGAUAGCUGUAGCUAUGCAAUAUGUACGGGCGAAGAAUAUUUGAAAAACCAGGGCAUCGAUCUGUCACCUUGGGCUCUGUGGAAGAAUCAUGUAGCCCUGGUGUGCAUGACUGUUAUCUUCCUUACAAUUGCCUACCUAAAAUUGUUAUUUCUUAAAAAAUAUUCUUAAACUCUUUAUAUUACAUGAUUUACGCACAUAUUAAAAAGAGAACACCUUGAUUUAUUAUUUUAAGUCUUCAUUGAAGUUUUGUUGUUGUCUUCUUUUCAUUUGCCAUCAUAGUGUUAUUUAGCAAGAAUUAUUUUCAACAGAAACAUUCCUAGAAAUCACAAUGAACUUCAUGAAUUAUAUGUGAAGGAAACCAAGACAUAAACUAGUGAUAUUAUGUCCUG